AUGAGCGAGUAUGUCAUCCCGAAAAGCUCGUUGCAGGGAAAGCUGGUCAUCUUCCGGACAAGGGGAAAUUGGGCCGAAGGCGAGGACAGCGAUGACGAGGAAGAGGACAGGACACACGAGUACAAGGUCAUGGGCGUGCCUUCCGUCGUCGAGGUCGACGGACGAUACAAGCGCAACCAGUACAUGUGGAACACCUGCUUUGUGUUCCGCGCGAACGCGAGCGUCGAGGCCUUCGAGCCCGUGAUCGACUCUGGCUUCCUUUCCAGCCCGAAACCUGACCACACCCCACUUCCAGCGGUUCUGGAGCAGCUUUUCGAGGACCUGAACUCGUACUCGGAGACGUCAAUCCCACUGGACGGGUACAACUGGCUCGAGCUGAAACUGUUUCCUUACUUCCCGAACCCGCCGCAGGUGCAUGACUGGGACGUGCCAAUCCCCCUCGUCGACUUCAAGUCCUUGCAGGACGCAAACUGGGACAUUACCGCAGCGCGCGUGGCACCGCACAUUAACGGUGUCAACCACGCAGCGAGGAUAGCGCAGCUGGCCGAUGCGGAUCCGGCCCUUGUGCGCGAAACGCUGCGACAUCUGCUCUACUACCAGGUCAUCAUGAUGGUCGACAUUUUCCAGUACAGCAACAUGUAUACGACGACGCCAUCGUUUGCGCGGCUGACGGCCGAUGAGGCGGUCCAGUCCGAGUGUGGGAUCUACGUCACUCGCCAAGGAUCGCCGGUGCCCGACUGGCCCAUUCUCGCCAGCCUGUAUGCCAAGCUGCGACCGGGGACGACGCUGCACAAGUGGUGCGAGGUGAACCGCAUCACGGAGCGGGGCAUCGAUCCGCGGCGAUUCGUGACCUUUGGCGUGAUCAAGGGCUUCCUGCGCCGUGUGCACCGAUGGCCGAUAGUGCUCGACCGGAGCGUGCAGCUGUUCCUUCCGUCAUCGCAGCCGACAUCUACGUUAGGCGUGCCAGACCACCCGAGGCGAAGAGUCGGAUUUCACAGAGGGGGCGACUCGGGCUUCUCCCGCCACGGUGGGCAUGGGGGAAGGCACCAUGAUGGGCAGGAGAGACUAGGAGGCUACCUUGAGAGGGCGGAGCGGGGCGCGCUGGAUAGUACCAUCACGCUCCGGAGCGAGAGCAACUCGUCCAUUCCGCCCAGCGUAUCUCCUGGCUCGCCGGCACAGGCCUCACAGCGCGGAGGCAGCCACAUUUCGCAGUCGGCGUACCAGCAGAACCAGUUCGGCAAGUCUGCCGGUGGGGAUACGCACCCGUCCUUCAGCUCUCGGCGCGGUGUGCGCUCCGGUGUGUCUGGAAUGAGCGGCGGCAUGUCUGGUGGCAUGUCCGGCGGCGUAUCUGGCAUGAGCGCGGGUCUGAACUCGGGUAUCGACCGGGGGUCGGGCGCGGGCAGUGUGGUGCGGCGAGAGCAUCGCCAGGCCGAGCGAGAAGACAAGCUCCUCUCCCUGCUGGACGGACACCAUCACGCGGACGAGAUCCAGACCACUUUCGGAUUGAGUUGGACGCAGCUUGAGAAGGUUCUGGGUUUGGAGGACAUGAAGGGCGGUAUUGGUCGCAAGGGCGUCGCAGUCGUGUACAAUUAG